AUGCUGGACGUGCCGGGCUUCGGCAUUCAGCUACCAGGCAGAGUGAGUUCCGCACCGCGUAGCGCGCCAAUGCUAGCUCGCCACCGCUGCGCGCCGUGCUUGCUGUCCUCAGCCGCUGCUACCUGUUGUCUGCCUGUUGCUGCCUUCUGCCUGCCUGUUGCUACGUGUUGCUGCCGUAUCCGUUGCCCCCGGCCCGUGUCUCCGUGUCUUACCCGCGCCAUUGUUCUCCCCGUCCUCCCCGCAUCCGCUCCCCCGCCUCGCGCGCGCGUUUCCCGCAGACCGCGGAAGACAGCAACCUCAACUUCCUCCUCCUGCAAUGCCUUCCCAUCUUCCCUCCCUCCCACUCCCCCACUCCUCUGCUUGUCUCCCCAUCUGCCUUCCCCCUUUCUCUUCCUCCCCAUCCCCUCUCCCUCCCUCAUGUACCUUCCCCCUUUAUCUGCCUUCCCCGCUUGUCUGCCCUCGUCUCGUCGGGAGAGGCGGGAUCACACUGCUCUCUUGAGGCGUCUCAAAAUUCGUCUCUUUCCCUCUCCACGUUUCCCCUUGCUCCGCCUCCCCCUCCGCCUGCCCUUCCACGUUGCGCCCACCAGCACGGACAGUGGCACGGCCAACUUCGGGCACGUGGCCGUGGGGAGAGGAGGGCUCAGAGUGCCGGAUCAGCAGCAGCAGGACAACUCAUUGCGGCUGGCGGAUCUGAAAAAGGUGGAGCUUCUGGGGCGGGGGGCGAGUGCAGCAGUGUAUCUGGUGCAGCAUGCGCGCACGGGGCAGCAGUACGCACUCAAGGACAUGCAGCUGAACAUGGAUGCUGACGUGCAGAAGCACGUGGGGAACGAACUCAGGAUCAACCACCAGUGCCGCUCGCCCCAUGUCGUCCGCUGCUACCAGGCAUUCGUGGACGACGGGCAUCUGUUUAUAGUGCUCGAAUACAUGGACGCCGGAUCUCUCGCAGACGUGCUGCAGGCGGUGGGCCGGAUCACGGAGCCGUACCUGGCAGCCAUCUCCCGCCAGGCCUUGCAGGGCCUGCGCGACCUGUACCAGGGCCACCGCAUCAUCCACCGCGACAUCAAGCCCAGCAACAUGCUUCUCAACCAGUCGGGGUGCUUGAAGAUCAGCGACUUUGGCGUCAGCCGCGUGCUCGAGAACAGCUACGAUGUCGGGAACACGUUUGCUGGGACUUACACUUACAUGUCGCCGGAGCGCAUAAUGGGCAGGACCUAUUCGCACAACAGCGACGUGUGGGCGUUCGGGCUGAGCCUGCUGGAGUGUGCCAUAGGCCAGUACCCCUACCGCCCCGCCUCUGGAGGCUCCUUCAACUAUUUCGAUCUGCUCUCGGAGAUUUCCAACUCGCCGGCUCCCAUUGCUCCGCCGGACUACUUCUCGCCGCAGUUCUGCGAAUUCGUGGCGCUCUGUCUUCAGAAGGACCCCAGCCAGCGGCCAUCAGCGGAGCAGCUUCUUGUGACUCCAGCAUUCCCUUCCCACCCUUGGCCCAUCUGGAUCCCCCUCUGCUUUCCCAAUUCCCGCCCUUGA